AUGUCCGCUAGCCAAGCCCGAAGCGGGGGUGCCCAUCGGAUAGAGCUCUGCGCCAACUUAGCUCAGGGCGGGGUGACGCCUUCAGCCGGGGACAUCGAAGGAGCCCUGCUGGCUGUGAGAGGUUCUCGCACGAGAGUCCACGUGCUCAUCCGACCACGCCCAGGAGACUUCGUGUAUUCCGUCCUCGAGAAGCAGGUCAUGGAGAAGGACGUCUCAGCGGCGGUCAAGGCUGGGGCGCACGGAGUUGUCAUCGGGGUAGGCGUUACUUAUCGUUUGCUCGGGAAUACUGUCGCGGCAAAUGCUGGCUGUGUAGCGGUGUGCCCACCUCUCUGCGCGACACCACGUCCUUGGAAACAAAUCUGCGUACGUGAUGCACGGGGGGGAUUUCUUUGUACAAAUAUUUCGCCUCCCACGAGCCAAGAAGCGGGUUCUAGUAUUGCUCGCUUUGGCGUUGAACUCGUCCAUGAGUCCUGA